AUGGAGUAUUUCAUGGUACCAGCACAGAAGGUGCCCUCCUUGCAACAUUUUAGGAAAACGGAUAAAGAAGUGAUUGGGGGUCUUUGCAGGUGUGUAUGCACUUUUACUAUUUCGCCUUAUUUUAUAUGAUAACAAUUUGUUUAUCUCUGCUUGUGGAGCGCACUUAGCGACUGUGGCGUGGCAACAUGCUUGAUAUGAUCUGUAUGUUAUUGUGUACUGUACACGACCCACUGUCAGGGAGCGAGACAAAUAUGAUCUUUAUUGAAAAUCGAUUAAGUACUCAUAUUAGGUAGAAGACGAUUCAGUGCAUUCCUGUGUAACGUAAUUUUACCAUUACUUUAGCGAAAUUGAGACAUUUAGUAGCUAACAAACAUACCCCACGUGGUUACAUGCACAACCACGCUGCUACGAGAGAUUCCUGGCUAUUUUGAUAUUUUCCCAACGGUUACGUUAUGUUUUCGAUAAGCUUACUAAUUUACAUAGGCGCAGGAGAGGUUGCACAUGCAUAACAAAGGUGUCGCACCAGAGUUUAGCUCACACGUAAGUCCUAGGGGGUACUGUUUGCUCAGUUCGUUGGGGAGCGCGCUGAAGUUAUUGUGGGCAGUGCGGCCAUGCUUGUGCUAAAGUGUUGGGGGAUCUUGCGUAGUCUUCUUUCCAGUAACUUCACAUUUCCUGAUAAUUUAUGGAAAUUCACGGCGAAAGUUUAAGUAAUCGCAUUUAUGCAACGAAAUCACAGUUUCGCUGGUAUUCUUGGCCACAUUUUGGUGCACUCUAGUGCCAUAUGCACUGCGUCUUUCAUCCCGCAGCUCAGCCAUGCUGCGGCAUGGACAGAGGAAGAAGUCGCAUUGUUGUAAUGGCGGAGGGCUCGAUUAGUGUGUUUUUGAACGCGGUAGUGUGUGGGCGCGAUACAUUCUAAAACAGAUUGGUACGUUUGAGAUUGAUUGUGUUGCCGCGAGUCAUUCCGCAACCGAUUGAGAAAUGUAAUAGUGGUCUUUUUAAUAAGGGGGUGUGUAUGGUGGAAGGCCAGUCGAUGCAUUUGCAACCUUUUCUAGACAGGGGAGGUGGAGAUGAGGGAUAAAGUGUGGUCUGCGCACGUGGUCUGGGAAAUGUAGUUCUAUUUUCGAAUUGUGUACAAUUCUGAAUGUAGGAUUUUGUAUAAAAUUGUGCAAGCAACACUCAAUUCUAGUCUUUAUGGCCAUAAUACAUUCUCAAACAUAAUUUCUCACUUACAAAUAUAUAUUUAUGAUAAUACAUUAAUGUUUUAUGUUACUGUUGCAAUAAUUUGAAUUGUAUUUAUUUUCAUUGAGGAACCCUGUUGAAAGCAACUCAUCUAAUAUACUGUUCCUAGUCUGUCAAGCUAUGGUGGUUGUAUUUGUGAAUGGGCUCGCUAGUCGCUACCACCCAGUCGUGAUUUGGCAGAGGCUGUGUUUGCUGGCUGGUUUCUGGGAUGUAAGGAAGCAGCAGACAUGGUCUCUCUCCCCAUCUGUGUCUGCACAAUUGUUCCCUGUGUUUGCUCUGAGGCAGCUGAGUCAGUACUGAUAAGAGCCUUGCUACUAGAAAGCGUCCAAGUGAUACUGCCAUUAGAUACAGAGGAUGUUAGUGGAAGUUCAAUUAUACAUUUCCCAUCCCCAAUGGAAUAUGUGUGGGAGCCAUGCUGAACGAAUCAGGAUGACGAAUGCUUUUAUGGUUGGAAUUCUCACAGGCUGUGUUCCGUGGGUUCAGAGUCCUGAAACAAUGGGGUUUGGCCCAGGGGAUCUAGCAGGAAAGUCAGCAUUGUGUUGUGCAGUGGGCCAUGUGAAGCGUCUGCUAGGGUUUUAUAAGAAAACCGCAUCAAAGCCUGUUCUGCACUUUCAUGCUGUUUUCUCAGGGCAUAGUCAGCUUGGUACAUACGAAGCAUGGCACAUGACAUGGUUGUUACUGUAUUUCUAGCAUUUAAAUUGACCAUCACAGUGGAUCUGUUUUGGAAGCUCAACAAUGCUUUGUUUUCUGGCCUGUUUUGAUAGUUCAUACUUAGCUACAUGUGCUCAAGUAGUCAUUAUGUUGGCGCAGUGGUCUAAGCGUGGUAGCUGUGCCAUAGAGAUCGCUGUUCGAAUUCCAGGCUCUGUCGUAGCCGGCCGCGACCGUGGAGACCAUGGGCGGCGCACAAUGGCCAGCGUUGUCCAGGUAGGGGAGGGAAUGGCGGCAGGGAUGUAGCUCAGUGGUAGAGCAUGGCGUUUGCAACAGUCAGGGUUGUGGGUUCGAUUCCCAUGGGGGCCAGUAUGAAAAAUAAAAAUGUAUGCACUAACUGUAAGUCGCUCUGGAUAAGAGUGUCUGCUAAAUGACGUUAAUGUUUUGAAUAUAUACUCCAUUCAAAACUGGCCCAAAAAGGUCAACUUGUGACCUGAGGUCAACUUGAAGAGCUUGCUUGAUAUCUAGACCUUCGACCCCUAGUGUGUAACCUUACGACCUCUUCUCUUCCUCCCCCCAGCCUGGCGAACAUUCCCCUGACCCCUGAGACUGCGCGCGACCAGGAGCGGCGGAUCCGUCGGGAGAUCGCCAACAGCAACGAGCGGCGGCGCAUGCAGAGCAUCAACUCCGGCUUCCAAUCGCUCAAGACGCUCAUCCCCCACAGCGACGGAGAGAAACUCAGCAAGGUGGGUCCGAGGGAGGAAAGGAAGGGAGAGAAACUCAGCAAGGUAGGUCAGACUUUGAUUUGACUUGUUUAUUAGACAAUAACAAAUGAAAAACGCAUAGCAAAAGACAACGUGCAUUAAUGAAAUCAUAAGAGGACACAAUAAAGGCAGAAAAGUCUGCCACACAUUGUGGUCCAGGAGAGAAGGAAAUGGAGAGAGAACAUUUAGCAAGGUCAGAUAGGAAGGAGUUGGAGAGAUCAGACAGGGAAAGUGGGAUAGUAGGUUAAAGUCUAGAGAGGUCAGACAGUGAAAGUGAGAUAGUAGGUUAAAGUCUAGAGAGGUCAGACAGACGGGGAGAUUGGGUUAGUAGGUUAGUCUAGAGAGGUCAGACAGACAGGGAGAUUGGGAUAGUAGGUUAGUCUAGAGCAGGACUGCCCAAUCCUGUUCCUGGAGAGCUACCCUCCUGUAGGUUUUCACUCCAACCCCAGGUGUUACUAACCUGAUUCAUCUUAUCAACCUGCUAAUUAUUAGAAUCAGGUGUGCUAGAUUAGGGUUGGAGCAAAAACCCACAGGACGGUAGCUCUCCAGGAACAGGGUUGGGCAGUACUGGUCUAGAGAGAUCAGACAGACAGGGGUAGUAGGUUAAAGUCUAAAGAGAUCAGUCAGACAGACAUGGAGAUUGGGUUAGUAGAUUAAAGUCUAAAGAGAUCAGUCAGACAGACAUGGAGAUUGGGUUAGUAGAUUAAAGUCUAGAGAGAUCAGUCAGACAGACAGGGGUAGUAGGUUAAAGUCUAAAGAGAUCAGUCAGACAGACAGGGAGAUUGGGUUAGUAGAUUAAAGUCUAGAGAGAUCAGUCAGACAGACAGGGAUAGUAGGUUAAAGUCUAGAGAGAUCAGUCAGACAGACAGGGAGAUUGGGUUAGUAGGUUAAACUUGAAGCUUUAAGGACAGAUUGCCAUGCCUGUUCAACUCCCAGUACAUAUGAUUCUAGAUAUGUAACACGUACUGAUAAGUUGCUAGCAAGUCUUCCCUUUGAAGUUGUACAGGCUCUUGUUGCUGCUAUGUAUAAUUUUGUCGUAGUUGAAUCAGUGUUUACUCCUCUACAGGCGGCCAUCUUGCAGCAGACAGCAGAGUACAUCUUUGCUCUGGAGCAGGAGAAGACACGGCUACUGCAGCAGAACAGCCAGCUCAAACGCUUCAUUCAGGUGAGACCCAGUCAUCAUUUGGUGUCACCAGUAGUUCCUACCAGCACGUGGAUCUCUAGACACACUACUGUGCUCAGAAUCAUUACUUAGUUUUUUUAACAAUAGUAAUCUGGCCUCAGUAGAUGAGAAAUGUUCUACUCUUCUCAGCGCUUAAAAUUCAGCUUACAUUUCUGUGUCCAUUCCUUAGUUCAUAGACUGUUCAUCAAACACACUGUUAAUGGAAGGAAUCACCCGCCGUAGUCCAAAUCAACCCUAUCUUAGUCCUCCAUGACUGACUUUCUGACUCUCCCUCCCUCGUUUCGCUCCCUCUCUUGCUCCAACAGGAGUUCAGCGGCUCCUCCCCAAAGAGGAGGCGCGGGGCGGAGGAGAAGGAUGAAGGGAUCGGUUCCCCAGACAUUCUGGAGGAGGAGAAGACGGAGGACCUGCGGAGGGAGAUGAUGGAGCUGAGACAGCAGCUGGACAAGGAGCGCUCUGUCCGCAUGAUGCUGGAGGAGCAUUUGAGACAGGAGGAGGUAGGAACAGAGAUGCACAACCACAACAAGGAAUUGUCAGGACACACCAUAUUCAGUGUUUGCACAGAGUGAUUGAAGUACUUGAAUUUGGAGCUCAGAAAAUCAAGUACUGGAAAACCUUGAGUUGAAACUCAGAUAUUUCCUCAAUUUGGUCCUUGAAAAAGCCUUGAAAUUAUUGUAAGCUCUCCUGCUCCGAUAUAAUUAUCCAUUGAUUUUAUUUCUAUUCAGUUUUUGUGAGAGAUUUAGACACUUUCGUUUGUUUCCCACCAUUUCAAUUGAUAGGUGUUGGGUUAGUUUGUUGCAGUAAAACCAUUUUAUGAGGAUGACAACUUGGCUUUCCAUACAAAGUGUUCCAUUACAAAGGAAACUGAUUUUUGGGGUUGCUUUCUCAUUUGAAACACAUCAUACAAACCCUUCAACAUCUCAAAUGACGAGGGUGAGAUUAAUGCUAUUGCUAGCCUACAUGAACAGGGUGAGAUUAAUGUUACUGCUAGCCUACAUGGACAGGGUGAGAUUAAUGCUACUGCUAGCCUACACGGACAGGGUGAGAUUAAUGCUACUGCUAGCCUACAUGGACAGGGUGAGAUUAAUGCUACUGCUAGCCUACACGGACAGGGUGAGAUUAAUGCUACUGCUAGCCUACAUGGACAGGGUGAGAUUAAUGCUACUGCUAGCCUACACGGACAGGGUGAGAUUAAUGCUACUGCUAGCCUACAUGGACAGGGUGAGAUUAAUGUUACUGCUAGCCUACACGGACAGGGUGAGAUUAAUGCUACUGCUAGCCUACAUGGACAGGGUGAGAUUAAUGCUACUGCUAGCCUACAUGGACAGGGUGAGAUUAAUGCUACUGCUAGCCUACAUGGACAGGGUGAGAUUAAUGCUACUGCUAGCCUACAUGGACAGGGUGAGAUUAAUGGCUACUGCUAGCCUACAUGGACAGGGUGAGAUUAAUGCUACUGCUAGCCUACAUGGACAGGGGUGAGAUUAAUGCUACUGCUAGCCUACAUGGACAGGGUGAGAUUAAUGCUACUGCUAGCCUACAUGGACAGGGUGAGAUUAAUGCUACUGCUAGCCUACAUGGACAGGGUGAGAUUAAUGCUACUGCUAGCCUACAUGGACAGGGUGAGAUUAAUGCUACUGCUAGCCUACAUGGACAGGGUGAGAUUAAUGCUACUGCUAGCCUACAUGGACAGGUUUUAUCAGUCUCUACCGGUAGAUAUAGACCAAAAAACUAAAGUUUGCAUCACAGAAAACUCAGACAUGCUUUGUUAUAUCUAUUUACAGUGAGGGAAAAAAGUAUUUGAUCCCCUGCUGAUUUUGUACGUUUGCCCACUGACAAAAACAUGAUCCGUCUAUAAUUUUAAUGGUAGGUUUAUUUGAACAGUGAGAGACAGAAUAACAACAACAAAAUCCAGAAAAACGCAUGUCAAAAAUGUUAUAAAUUAAUUCGCAUUUUAAUGAGGGAAAUAAGUAUUUGACCCCUCUGCAAAACAUGACUUAGUACUUGGUGGCAAAACCCUUGUUGGCAAUCACAGAGGUCAGACGUUUCUUGUAGUUGGUCACCAGGUUUGCACACAUCUCAGGAGGGAUUUUGUCCCACUCCUCUUUGCAGAUCUUCUCCAAGUCAUUAAGGUUUGAGGCUGAUGUUUGGCAACUCGAACCUUCAGCUCCCUCCACAGAUUUUCCAUGGGAUUAAGGUCUGGAGACUGGCUAGGCCACUCCAGGACCUUAAUGUGCUUCUUCUUGAGUCACUCCUUUGUUGCCUUGGCCGUGUGUUUGGGUCAUUGUCAUGCUGGAAUACCCAUCCACUACCCAUUUUCAAUGCCCUGGCUGAGGGAAAGAGGUUCUCACCCAAGAUUUGACGGUACAUGGCCCCGUCCAUCGUCCCUUUGAUGCGGUGAAGUUGUCCUGUCCCCUUAGCAGAAAAACACCCCCAAAGCAUAAUGUUUCCACCUCCAUGUUUGACGGUGGGGAUGGUGUUCUUGGGGUCAUAGGCAGCAUUCCUCCUCCUCCAAACACGGCGAGUUGAGUUGAUGCCAAAGAGCUCCAUUUUGGUCUCAUCUGACCACAACACUUUCACCCAGUUCUCCUCUGAAUCAUUCAGAUGUUCAUUGGCAAACUUCAGACGGGCAUGUAUAUGUGCUUUCUUGAGCAGGGGGACCUUGCGGGCGCUGCAGGAUUUCAGUCCUUCACGGCGUAGUGUGUUACCAAUUGUUUUCUUGGUGACUAUGGUCGCAGCUGCCUUGAGAUCAUUGACAAGAUCCUCCCGUGUAGUUCUGGGCUGAUUCCUCACUGUUCUCGUGAUCAUAGCAACUCCACGAGGUGAGAUCUUGCAUGGAGCCCCAGGCCGAGGGAGAUUUACAGUUAUUUUGUGUUUCUUCCAUUUGCGAAUAAUCGCACCAACUGUUGUCACCUUCUCACCAAGCUGUUUGGCGAUGGUCUUGUAGCCCAUUCCAGCCUUGUGUAGGUCUACAAUCUUGUCCCUGACAUCCUUGGAGAGAUCUUUGGUCUUGGCCAUGGUGGAGAGUUUGGAAUCUUAUUGAUUGAUUGCUUCUGUGGACAGGUGUCUUUUAUACAGGUAACAAACUGAGAUUAGGAGCACUCCCUUUAAGAGUGUGCUCCUAAUCUCAGCUCGUUACCUGUAUAAAAGACACCUGGGAGCCAGAAAUCUUUCUGAUUGAGAGGGGGUCAAAUACUUAUUUCCCUCAUUAAAAUGCAAAUCAAUUUAUAACAUUUUUGACAUACGUUUUUCUGGAUUUUUUUGUUGUUAUUCUGUCUCUCACUGUUCAAAUAAACCUACCAUUAAAAUUAUAGACGGAUCAUUUCUUUCUCAGUGGGCAAACGUACAAAAUCAGCAGGGGAUCAAAUACUUUUUUCCCUCACUGUAACUUGCUGAGACAAUCAUGUGGAUUAUUUAUACACUUCUAACUUUCUACAUGAGCCUAAUAAUAGCCAAGUGAAAAAAAGAAUUCUAAUUUUGGCAAACUAUCCCUUCAAUGAUGAGAGGCUCGUGAUGGAGUUGCUUUUUCCACAAACCUUUUUCUCAUGGCAAUUUUACUGCUAGCACACUGGACAGCUAAAUCAAAUGAAUACUCAGUCUAAACUGAAAAGGACUGCAAGCGCUACCUGAGCACUGUUCACGUUUAUUCACGUUUUAACUGUGUUUUUCCCUUAAUAUUGAAGAAACUUUCAAAGUUCUUGAAAUGUUCCGUAUUGACUGACCUUCAUGUCUUAAAGUAAUGAUGGACUGUCGUUUCUCUUUGCUUAUUUGAGCUGUUCUUGCCAUAAUAUGGACUUGGUCUUUUACCAAAUAGGGCUAUCGUCUGUAUACCCCCCCUACCUUGUCACAACACAACUGAUUGGCUCAAACACAUUAAGAUGGAAAGAAAUUCCACAAAUUAACUUUUAACAAGGCACUCCUGUUAAUUGAAAUGCAUUCCAGGUGACUACCUCAUGAAGCUGGUUGAGAGAAUGCCAAGAGUGUGCAAAGCUGUCAUCAAGGCAAAGGGUGGCUAUUUGAAGAAUCUCAAAAUAUAUUUUGAUUUGUUUAACACUUUUUUGGUUACUACAUGAUUCCAUAGGUGUUAUUUCAUAGUUUUGAUGUCUUCACUAUUAUUCUACAAUGCAAACAUUUUUAAAGUUAAAAUAAAGAAAAACCCUUGAAUGAGUAGGUGUGUCCAAAAUGUUGACUGGUAGUGUACAUCAGAGAAGACUGAAAUAUAACAAAGCCGUUUGACAUAGAAACACUGGAUUUUGGCUGUUUAAUUUUUUAUAUGUAUAUAUAUAUUACGGGAAAAAAAUAACAUUACACCCAUGAGGCCACUAGAGGACGAUUUGAUCAUUUGACUUCAGGAAAGGGGUACUACAGUGGGGAGAACAAGUAUUUGAUACACUGCCGAUUUUGCAGGUUUUCCUACUUACAAAGCAUGUAGAGGUCUGUAAUUUUUAUCAUAGGUACACUUCAACUGCGAAAGACGGAAUCUAAAACAAAAAUCCAGAAAAUCACAUUGUAUGAUUUUUAAGUAAUUAAUUUGCAUUUUAUUGCAUGACAUAAGUAUUUGAUCACCUACCAACCAGUAGGAAUUCCGUCUCUCACAGACCUGUUAGUUUUUCGUUAAGAAGCCCUCCUGUUCUCCACUCAUUACCUGUAUUAACUGCACCUGUUUGAACUCGUUACCUGUAUAAAAGACACCUGUCCACACACUCAAUCAAACAGACUCCAACCUCUCCACAAUGGCCAAGACCAGAGAGCUGUGUAAGGACAUCAGGGAUAAAAUUGUAGACCUGCACAAGGCUGGGAUGGGCUACAGGACAAUAGGCAAGCAGCUUGGUGAGAAGGCAACAACUGUUGGCGCAAUUAUUAGAAAAUGGAAGAAGUUCAAGAUGACGGUCAAUCACCCUCGGUCUGGGGCUCCAUGCAAGAUCUCACCUCGUGGGGCAUCAAUGAUCAUGAGGAAGGUGAGGGAUCAGCCCAGAACUACACGGCAGGACCUGGGCAAUGACCUGAAGAGUGCUGGAACCACAGUCUCAAAGAAAACCAUUAGUAACACACUACGCCGUCAUGGAUGAAAAUCCUGCAGCGCACGCAAGGUCCCCCUGCUCAAGCCAGCGCAUGUACAGGCCCGUCUGAAGUUUGCCAAUGACCAUCUGGAUGAUCCAGAGGAGGAAUGGGAGAAGGUCAUGUGGUCUGAUGAGACAAAAAUAGAGCUUUUUGGUCUAAACUCCACUCGCCGUGUUUGGAGGAAGAAGAAGGAUGAGUACAACCCCAAGAACACCAUCCCAACCGUGAAGCAUGGAGGUGGAAACAUCAUCAUUCUUUGGGGAUGCUUUUCUGCAAAGGGGACAGGACGACUGCACCGUAUUGAGGGGAGGAUGGAUGGGGCCAUGUAUCGCAAGAUCUUGGCCAACAACCUCCUUCCCUCAGUAAGAGCAUUGAAGAUGGGUCGUGGCUGGGUCUUCCAGCAUGACAACGACCCGAAACACACAGCCAGGGCAACUAAGGAGUGGCUCCGUAAGAAACAUCUCAAGGUUUUGGAGUGGCCUAGCCAGUCUCCAGACUUGAACCCAAUAGAAAAUCUUUGGAGGGAGCUGAAAGUCCGUAUUGCCCAGCGACAGCCUCAAAACCUGAAGGAUCUGAAGAAGGUCUGUAUGGAGGAGUGGGCCAAAAUCCCUGCUGCAGUGUGUGCAAACCUGGUCAAGACCUACAGGAAACGUAUGAUCUCUGUAAUUGCAAACAAAGGUUUCUGUACCAAAUAUUAAGUUCUGCUUUUCUGAUGUAUCAAAUACUUAUGUCAUGCAAUAAAAUGCAAAUUAAUUACUUAAAAAUCAUACAAUGUGAUUUUCUGGAUUUUUAGAUUCUGUCUCUCACAGUUGAAGUGUACCUAUGAUAAAAAUUACAGACCUCUACAUGCUUUGUAAGUAGGAAAACCUGCAAAAUCGGCAGUGUAUCAAAUACUUGUUCUCCCCACUGUAUGUGCUUGAAGAUUUUUUAUAUAGCCUCCUGAGUGGCGCAGUGGUCUAAGGCACUGCAUCGCAGCGCUAGCUGUGCCACUAGAGAUCCUGGUUCGAAUCCAGGCUCUGUCGCAGCCUGCCGCGACCGGGAGACUCAUGGGCGGCGCACAAUUGGCCCAGCGUCGUCCAGGGUAGGGGAGGGAAUGGCCGGCAGGGAUGUAGCUCAGUUGAUAGAGCAUGGCGUUUGCAACGCCAGGGUUGUGGGUUCGAUUCCCACGGGGGGCCAGUAUAAAAAAAAAAAAAAAUGUAUUACAACUGUCCUCUGGAUAAGAGCGUCUGCUAAAUGACUAAAAUGUAAUGUAAAAUGAAAGAGUCCUUGAAUUUGACUUGCCAAUGUAAGUACGAACCCUGUGUAUCUGAUUAACUACACUGAACAAAAAUAUAGUGUUGGUCUCAUGUUUCAUGCGCUGAAAUAAAAUAUCCCAGAAAAAGCACAAAAAGCUUAUUUCUCUAAAAUGUUGUGCACAAAUUAGUUUAAAUCCCUGUUAGUGAGCAUUUCUCCUUUGCCAAGAUAAUCCAUCCACCUGACAGGUGUGGCAUAUCAAGAAGCUGAUUAAACAGCAUGAUCAUUACACAGGUGCACCUUGUGCUGGGGACAAUAAAAGGCCACUCUAAAAUGUGCAGUUUUGUCACACAACACAAUGCCACAGAUGUCUCAAGGUUUGAGGGAGCAUGCAAUUGGCAUGCUGACUGCAGGAAUGUCCACCAGAGAUGUUGCCAGAGAAUAGAAUGUACAUUUUCCUACCAUAAGCCACCUCCAACGUCGUUUUAGAGAAUUUGGCAGUACGUCCAACUGGCCAAACAACCGCAGACCACGUGUAUGGCGUUGUGUGGGCGAGUGGUUUGCUGAUGUCAACGUUGUGAACAGAGUGCCCCAUGAUGGCGGUGGGGUUAUGCUAUGGGCAGGCAUAAGCUAUGGACAACGAGCACAAUUGCAUUUUAUCUAUGGCAAUUUGAAUGCACAGAGAUAUCGUGACAAGAUUCUGAGGCCCAUUGUCGUGCCAUUCAUCCUCUGCCAUCACCUCAUGUUUCAGCAUGAUAAUGCACGACCCCAUGUCGCAAGAAUCUGUACACAAUUCUUGGCCUGCAUGCUCACCAGACGACAGUGUCACCCGUUGAGCGUGUUUGGGAUGCUCUGGAUUGACGUGUACGACAGCGUGUUCCAGUUCCUGCCAAUAUCCAGCAACUUCGCACAUGUGGUGAUGUGAUUUGAAGGUGUCAGGCGCAGGAGGGUAAAUAACAGAAUAACGGGUUUAUUCCGUUGACACAGCGGUACGCAGCAAUGCGUCAAACACUCCAGCGCACUGGAAACAACAAGGCACACGGGUGAAUAUCCCGGCGAUACAAAAUACAAGCGCUCCACCGAGCUAAACUAACCUCCACAAUAAACAAUCACACACAAAGACAAGGGGGCAGAGGGAACUCUUAUACAGGUACUGAUGAGGGGAUAUGAACCAGGUGUGUGUAAUAAACAAGACAAAACAAAUGGAAUGAUGAGAUGAGGAGCGGCAGUGGCUAGAAGACCGGUGACGACGAACGCCGAGGCCUGCCCGAACAAGGAGAGGAGGCAGCUUCGGAGGAAGUCAUGACAGCACAGCCAUUGAAGAGGAGUGGGACAACAUUCCACAGGCCACAAUCAACAGCCUGAUCAACUCUAUGAAAAGGAGAUGUGUCGCGCUGCAUGACGCAAAUGGUGGUCACACCAGAUACUGACUGGUUUUCCAAUCCACGCCCCUACCUUUUUUUAAAGGUAUUUGUGACCAACAGAUGCAUAGCUGUAUUCCCAGUCAUGUGAAAUCCAUAGAUUAGGGCCUAAUUAUUAUCUCAAUUGACUGAUUUCCUGAUUCUCAGUAAAGUCUUUGAAAUUGUUGCAUAUUGCGUUUAUAUUUAUGUUCAGUAUAUAAAGACCCUAUUGUGUCCAAUCCAAGGCUUUAAUGACCAUACUCAUUAGCAAUGUUGCACAGAGAUGCAAUAAUAGAUGACUGUGCAUAUUCAAUAAUGGCCGUGUUAUUGUCUCCAGUCUGAGUCCUACCUCUGUUAACCACUCAGGUCUGCUGUGUUGUGGUCGGUGGUACUCAGCCUGAACAUGUGUUAGGAACUCACUCCAAGCAGCAGGAGAGAGCCAGCACCACAGCUCACAGCCCACAGGUGAGAGAAAGAGACUGAGAGACAUACAAUCACACUCACAUAUCAACACACACACACAUUAAUGAUAUGACUGACAUAUGUUCUGAUGUGACAUACAUUAUUGUCUCCAGAGGCGUCAGGAAGACUCUAAAUCGCCACAGUGGAAACACAUCAACACAACCCGUCUGAGAAUGACCUAUAGCUGAGCUCAAGGUUUACCGUGGUCAACAGCUCUGACACAUUUCCAGUCGACUCUCCAUUACCGGCGCACAGAUCACUUUACGUUUCGAUCACAUCCUUGAGAGCCCGGGAAUCAUUCUAGAGCCCCAUAUUGUUUUGUUUUUGCCUGAUUCUGUUAACCCCCCCCCCCCCAAUUAAUUCCUUGUUUUUCCAGGUUUCUGUUUUUCAGGUUUUCGCUCUCAAAGUCACACAUGUUUUAUAGAAAAACAACACAAUUGGAUGUUCUAAGUCCACAACAUUGCUUAGACCACACCAGGAGACAACUUUUGAGGUCUGGAAAAAAGAAAGGUUGAUUUUGGGGUGUAGUUACCCUUGAAUUGAACUGCACACCAGCCAGAGACUGUUGUUUGGGUAGCAAUGUUUCUGUAGCGCUCAUUUGAUUGCAGAGUUUGCCAAACAAAUGGCCACUCGAUUUAUGCAAAUAAUCAUGAUAUCAUUCUGCCAGGUAGGCUACUUUUUUAGUUAACAUGUAAUUUAAAGGUUUUGGGGAAAACCUUUCCAUCUACCAGAAGACUGUUGUCAUUACAUUAGCAUCAUCGCUAGCGGCUACACGAAGUGGUAGAUAAACGUGCACACACAGACAUGGACAUUCCUGUGCCGUUGCCUCUUCAGAAAGUUGAAGGAAAAUACGAAUCACUGAUGCAUUUUGUUCGUCAGGAUAAUCUUGGGCAAAUGAAUGUAUUUUCUAAUAAAUGUAGUUGAUUUCCAGCUAAGUUCAAUACAUUUUUGAAUUUCGUUUUAAUGUCUGGAUUCCGUCAUUCCGUCAGCGUUCUCCUCAACGCAGAUUUUUAUAGGGCCCUAGAAAUCCCAGUCUCUGCGGUGACUGUCUCUCUCCCCCUCUCCCUCCCUCCCAGUGGCAUCUCAGAUUGAAUAGGGAACAACAUGAUGACAAACAGUGUCACUUGGACACAGGCUGCAGAACAUGUAGUGAGAGGAACAUAGUAAGGUCUAUGGUUAGUGUUAUUGUUGUUCACCAGAGGGCACCAGAAGCUCCUAGGAAAGAGGUGUUGUGAAGAUGAGUGUGCUGAUAUACACUGCUCAAAAAAAUAAAGGGAACACUAAAAUAACACAUCCUAGAUCUGAAUGAAUGAAAUAAUCUUAUUAAAAACUUUUUUCUUUACAUAGUUGAAUGUGCUGACAACAAAAUCACACAAAAAUUAUCAAUGGAAAUCAAAUGGAUCAACCCAUGGAGGUCUGGAUUUGGAGUCACCCUCAAAAUUAAAGUGGAAAACCACACUACAGGCUGAUCCAACUUUGAUGUAAUGUCCUUAAAACAAAAUGAGGCUCAGUAGUGUGUGUGGCCUCCAUGUGCCUGUAUGACCUCCCUACAACGCCUGGGCAUGCUCCUGAUGAGGUGGCGGAUGGUCUCCUGAGGGAUCUCCUCCCAGACCUGGACUAAAGCAUCCGCCAACUCCUGGACAGUCUGUGGUGCAACGUGGCGUUGGUGGAUGGAGUGAGACAUGGUGUAUCAGAUGUGCUCAAUUGGAUUCAGGUCUGGGGAACGGGCGGGCCAGUCCAUAGCAUCAAUGCCUUCCUCUUGCAGGAACUGCUGACACACUCCAGCCACAUGAGGUCUAGCAUUGCCUUGCAUUAGGAGGAACCCAGGGCCAACUGCACCAGCAUAUGGUCUCACAAGGGGUCUGAGGAUCUCAUCUCGGUAGCUAAUGGCAGUCAGGCUACCUCUGGCGAGCACAUGGAGGGCUGUGCGGCCCCCCAAAGAAAUGCCACCCCACACCAUGACUGACCCACCGCCAAACCGGUCAUGCUGGAGGAUGUUGCAGGCAGCAGAACGUUCUCCACGGCGUCUCCAGACUCUGUCACGUCUGUCACAUGUGCUCAGUGUGAACCUGCUUUCAUCUGUGAAGAGCACAGGGCGCCAGUGGCGAAUUUGCCAAUCUUGGUGUUCUCUGGCAAAUGCCAAACGUCCUGCACAGUGUUGGGCUGUAAGCACAACCCCCACCUGUGGACGUCGGGCCCUCAUACCACCCUGUUUCUGACCGUUUGAGCAGACACAUACACAUUUGUGGCCUGCUGGAGGUAAUUUUGCAGGGCUCUGGCAGUGCUCCUCCUGCUCCUCCUUGCACAAAGGCAGAGGUAGCGGUCCUGCUGCUGGGUUGUUGCCCUCCUACGGCCUCCUCCACGUCUCCUGAUGUACUGACCUGUCUCCUGGUAGCGCCUCCAUGCUCUGGACACUACGCUGACAGACACAGCAAACCUUCUUGCCACAGCUCGCAUUGAUGUGCCAUCCUGGAUGAGCUGCACUACCUGAGCCACUUGUGUGGGUUGUAGACUCCGUCUCAUGCUACCACUAGAGUGAAAGCACCGCCAGCAUUCAAACGUGACCAAAACAUCAGCCAGGAAGCAUAGGAACUGAGAAGUGGUCUGUGGUCACCACCUGCAGAACCACUUCUUUAUUGGGGGUGUCUUGCUAAUUGCCUAUAAUUUCCACCUGUUGUCUAUUCCAUUUGCACAACAGCAUGUGAAAUUUAUUGUCAAUCAGUGUUGCUUCCUAAGUGGACAGUUUGAUUUCACAGAAGUGUGAUUGACUUGGAGUUAGUUACAUUGUGUUGUUUAAGUGUUCCCUUAAUUUUUUUGAGCAGUGUAUUUUCUUGUCAUUACCUAAAUAAUAAAGCUUGGAUAUAAUCUGUUGUAGGUCAUCAUGUGGCGUUUUAGGAUGACUGAACCAAAUGGCUUGCUCUUUCUAAAUAUCUGCUUUUCACUGAGUGAAAGUGUCAGACAGCGUGUUUUAGGGGAUCGGUUUGGGCAAGGAAAGGUGCAGAAUCACUCAUCUUGAUCCCAUGAAUAUGUAGUUAUUUGGGAUGGAAGGUGAUUUGUAGAUCUGUGAUUCUGUGCAGUCUGACUCUAAUGUAGUCACUCUCUAACAUGCACAACGUAUAUCUCUGUGACCUCUUCAUCCUCCUGUUCCUCCAGGUGCUGGCCCCUAGGUCACCACCCGCCCCCACCCACCACGCCACGGUCAUCGUCCCGGCCCCCGCACCGGCCCCGCCUCCCCAUCAUGUCACCGUGGUAACCAUGGGCCCUGCCUCGGUCAUCAACACAGCAUCCACGUCUCGCCAGAACCUGGACACCAUUGUGCAGGUGAGACACGGAAGACCUCAUCACCUGGGGAGAAAUUGUAGUUCUAUCAAAUGCAGGGAAAAAACUGUUCGCUCUCUGAAUUUAUGGGGAAUUUAGCAACUGUUAUCUUUGGGAUGCUGCAGAUAGAUUUUUCUUCAGUCAAGUCAUUUUGUAAAACAUUUGGUCGUGCUAUGGAAUGUGUCCAUUAAAAGGUGGCAAUUGUCAGUGCAUUACCACGCGUGAACACCAGAUGGUGCUGUACUCACUGCGUCUGCCACUGCUGUUUGUCACUCACUUUCUGCUUCCCUCCAUAUCUCUCUCUCUUUCCCUCCACCUCCAGGCCAUCCAGCACAUUGAGAGCAUCCAGGAGAAGGUGGGGGAGGAGGAGCAGCGGCGGGCGGUGAUCGUCACCCAGGGACGCGCCCUCACAGACACAGCGGGGUCCGACACGGCGUCCGACAGCGAGGGGCCAGAGGCCUCCCAUCACACACAGGGGCCAUGA